UGACGGCUACUUCACCACGAGUAGGGCAAGAUUGCAUACUGUCACGUGCCUAUUUCCGCAUUGUACUAUUGCCAUCAGGUCGAGGGAGGAUGCCUUUUCCAUCCUAAGAGAGUCAGUCCAUGAACAAGCCUGGAACUGACUGCAAGUCCGUUCGCGUCACCCGUCGCUAUUACCUGAACCAUCUGGGAUUGGGUUGUGGAAUGACCAGUUUGGCGCUGCGUGAAUCCGGGAAGGGACCAAUCAGGGCCCGCCAAACACGAACAUUCGGGACGCCUGAUGGAAGACGGCUUCGAUAUUUAGGCGGCAGACCCGACGGAGGGAGGGUAAGAAUCAGCCCAACACAUCGCUUCGGAGUCCACGUGGAAGCAACAUGGCCUCGGAAAAACUGCCGCACAGCUAUCCAACUCGCCGGGCCACGGUCGGGAAGCCCUCCGACCAAGCGCCGACCGACAUUGACCGGCGCCUUUGCCAACGCCUGGUGCCGCUGCAAGUGCUGGGGUUGGGACUCUCGCGCACCGGCACCUCCUCCCUGCGACAAGCCCUCCUCGACCUGGGAUACGACGACUGCUAUCACUUUGCGUCCUGUAUGAAUGAGAACCCCCGGGACUGCGACCUCUGGUGCGCCGCCCUCGAGGCCAAGUUCCAAGGUCAAGGGCGCCCCUUCACGCGCACAGAAUGGGAUCAACUGUUAGGGCACUGCCAGGCCGUGACUGACACCCCCUGCGUCGUCUUCUACGCCGAGCUGCUGGCAGCUUACCCAGACGCCAAGGUCAUUCUCACUGUGCGCGACAGCCCGGAGCAGUGGUUCACAUCCAUCUGCAGGACCCUGAUGGAUACCUGGUUUGAUGUGUUCCACACCCCGACACGCUCCUUACAAGCGCGCGUGUAUCGCCUCUUCAUUCCGGAGACGCGACUGCACCGGUUAUCCGACCUGUUGCAUCGUCACUACAUGUUCGGCUUCAUGCAUAACUGGGGGCUGCACUUCUACCAAGGCUAUAAUGCGGAGAUUCAGCGGAUUGUGCCCGCGGAUCGCCUGUUGUUAUUUAAUGUCAAGGAGGGGUGGGAGCCUUUGUGUCGCUUCUUGGGUAAAGAAGCUCCCCCGUGGGACUUCCCCCGGAGCAAUGAGGCCGCCGACUUCAUUCAGACCCUCCAGGGCUACCACACCGGGCUGGCGGUGCAAGUGAAACGCCGCAUGCGGUGGCUAGCUGGAAUGACUCUGGGUGUGAUCGCGGCGGGGGCCACCGGAUGGUAUUGGGCUUAUUGAGCUGGACAGGGCUAUUCCUUCUCCAAGUUCAGCUCCAGGUCUCCCCAGCCAAGAUGGAUGUGAUAUUACCAGCCAUGCUAGGCCUCUCCUCAUCCGAUCUGGAGGUUUGAAAACUGCAGCUCCCAUGCAAGCACGGCAGAGCCGAUGGGAGGAAAAAUGAAGGUGAACACAGAAACAACGAACCACAAAACCGGCAGUAAUUCUAGUACUCUCUUCCGGGAUUCAAG